AUGGAGUUUGCAGACGCCGCCGUCCUGGCGGGCCAUGGCUACCCAGGACCGGCCCCGGUGACGACAGGAGACAACGCCGCAGUCGAUCCAACAGCACCACGGACAACAGCAAGCAAGCUUGCCGACACACCAGCCAUUGACGACGAAGACCUCUUUCUGGGCGACGAGGGCGACCAUGAUAACGACAAUGACGACAACGACAACCAUGUUGAGGCCGAUGACGAGGAAGACGAAGACGAAGACGAUGACGAUGGCGACGAUGACUUUGACGAGGACUACUUUAGCUCCACCUACCGCCCGCUCUCCAACCUGCCCACGCCACCGCCUUCGAGCCACACCUCGUCGCUCGCUCAGAGUCCCUAUGCGGGGGCGCACGCCCAUGGACAUGCCCAUGGAUAUGCCCACGGAUAUGCCCACGGACACGCCCACGGUCCAUCGACAGCCCCCGACGCGUCAGAUAGCCCCCUGCUCGGCCCUGCCGUCCACCUCGUCAACUUGCUCCCGCCCGCCGCGUCACUGGCCACGCCCUCGGUCGCCCUCGUCCAGGCCAUGCUGGCCCGCGCAGCGCUGCCGCUGGACACCGUCGCCCUGGCCGUGUGUAUUUUGGAUUCGCUCGACAGCCGUUUUGCCCGCGCCUGGCGGCUGACGUGUCCGCUGACGCCGCCGGCGGCGCCCCCAACGGCGCCCCCGACGGCGUUGUCGUCCUCCACGCGGUCCCCGCCGCCGUCGCUGGCCGUCCUCGAAAAAACGGCACACCCUGCCCUCCCCGCUGACGCCGACCUUUCCCACGUCCACACCAACGCCCGCCUCGCCCACUUCGCCCGCUUUGCUCACCUCGGACGGUGUCCGCGGCGGCCUCCACAUCGACGCCGUCUUCCCCGAAGUGAUUGUCCUGGCCGCACUCGUGAUUGCCGCCAAGUUUACCGACGACGGCUUUGUCAGCCAGCAGCCGGCGCAGGCCUACUGCACGGCGUGGGGCGCGACGCCGCCGCCUCGACCAUCGUCGAUGUCGUCGUCAUUGUCGCCGUCAUCGUCGCCGUCGCCCGGGGGCGCAUCGUCGUCGUCCCCGCCUGGCCCCUGCCUGUGGACCGGCGCGCAGCUCGCCGCGACCGAGCGCUGCAUCAUGCAGAACCUCGGCUACCGGAUCCUGCCGCUGCUCGACGCAGACCUGCUGGCGGACGCCAAGGCGGACAUGCGGCGCGCGGGCGCGCACGCCGUGCGGGCCAGGCGGGCGUCGGCUGUGCCGCUGUCGUCGGCCGCGGGCUCGCCAUCGUCCGCCAAGCGGGGAACGCCCACCAAAAAGAUGGAGAUGGCCCUCAUGACACCCCCCGCAGAGGCAGGGGCAGAGGCAGGGGUGGACGCGAAGCACGGCGCCGCGAACGAGACCGCGAACGAGACCGACAGAGACGAGAGCCGAGAUGCGGUCGUGGACACGAGCAAGGUCAUCUCGCUCAACUUCCCGAGCAACAUGCGGCGGCAUGUCUCGUCGCGGUCCGAGACUCUGGGGCGGUACUCUGGCUAUGA